ACUCAUAUUUUAUAUUGGUGAGUUUGUACGUUAAUCAUGUCUGGUCGUGGCAAGCAAGGAGGCAAAGCUCGUGCAAAGGCCAAGACCCGUUCCUCGCGGGCCGGGCUCCAGUUCCCCGUGGGCCGAGUGCACCGCCUGCUCCGCAAGGGUAACUACUCCGAGCGGGUUGGGGCCGGGGCCCCGGUGUACUUGGCGGCGGUGCUGGAGUACCUGACGGCCGAGAUCUUAGAGCUGGCGGGCAACGCGGCCCGGGACAACAAGAAGACGCGCAUCAUCCCGCGUCACCUGCAGCUGGCCAUCCGCAACGACGAGGAGCUCAACAAGCUGCUGGGCAAAGUCACCAUCGCUCAGGGUGGUGUCCUGCCCAACAUCCAGGCGGUGCUGCUGCCCAAGAAGACCGAGAGCCACCACAAGGCCAAGGGCAAGUAGAAGCCUGGCAUUGCUUGCAACACAAACCUGUUCAAACCAAAAGGCUCUUUUCAGAGCCACCCAAUUUAUCAGCAAAACGAGCUGUACUUUCAAAUUCACAUUGUUUCGGAUAGCAAGGUGUGAGGGCAGAAUUAACGUCCUUUUGUGAUUCCUUUACAGGGUAAAAUGGCUAUGUGAAACAAAACCUUAGGACCAUAUGACGGGCCUAGCUCCCUUCCUAAUUCAGUUGAAUCUUAGGGCGCACCACUCACCCUCCUAAAUGAGAAUAAACCCAACAAGGUAAAAUACUUGCUUCAAGUAGUUUCAGGCAAAGAAUACACCUUAUAGUGGGCUGUUUACAUCAAUGCUGGUCGAGUAAAAGACAUGAACUAUUCAUCCAUUAGGAAGAUGUGCCUUAACAAAUAGACAAGGUAGACAUUGUAAAUCACAUUUAUAAGAUAAA